GAUUGGUUCGCUUAGCUCGUCAGUCACAGGAUCUACAGUCAUCUACCCGGAAGCUGAACACGGCCGUGAUGCGUUGGCAUUUUGGGGGGUGUGGAGCUGUUCGGACCUGAAGUUGGGUGAUCGCCGACCGCGGAAACGAACAAAGAUGGGGAAGAAAGAUGCUUCUGCUACCACCUUACCUGUUGAUCAGUACCGUAAACAGAUCGGAAAACAAGAUUACAAGAAGUCUAAAUCAGCUCUACGCGCAACGAGACUGAAAGCGGAGGCGAAGCGGAAUGCCACGGGGAUGCGGGACAUCAUCCUGGUCGUCGUGGCUGUUGUUGUGUUCCUCCUCAGCAUUUACGCUUUCUUCUACCUCAAUCUGAGCACCGAGAUUGACCUGGACGUAGAUGUGGACUGAGCCGCGACUGGCCCCCCUUGCACGUCACAGAAUCCACCCUUCAACCCCGCCGUCUCUCCCGAUUCCCCAGCCUUACAUACUGAAUGGUCCUUCACCCGAAUGCUGGCAAACUGAUGAUGGAUCAUGUGAACUUUGCCCUCAGAGACCUGGUUGGACUGUGGCUGUUCAUGCAGGUCCCAUCCAGCAUCGUCUGUUUGUGCACGGUUUGAAAUGAUGUUUCUUAUUGUUUUAUAAAUGCUCUCAAAAUAAAAUCAAAACGAAACUCUUU